CCUUCCCUUCCCUUUCUCGUCUUUCCCCUCCCAUUUCCCCAUAGCUCUCUCUCGUCUUUCCCCUCCCAUUUCCCCAUAGCUCUCUCUCGUCUCUUCGCCAUGGGAACUCCGCUUCUGUUCCUCCUCGCCUUCUCUUUCUCCUUCUUCUCCGCCCUCUCUUUCUCACCUUUCUCCCCCGUCGACAACCAUCUCAUCAAUUGCGGCUCCGCACUCGACGCCGCCGUCGACGGCCGCCGUUUCGUCUCCGAUUUCCACUCCUCCAAUCCCGGCACUCCGCUCCAAUCCUCCGCUCUCACGACGGCGCUGUGCAACGGAUCCCCCCGAUCCAGCUCGCCCCAAAUCUAUCACACGGCUCGGGUUUUCAGGAAACCCUCCAGAUACGCGGUCGAGAUCAAGGAGCCCGGGACUCACAUGGUACGCCUCCAUUUCGACCCUUUCGUUUCCUCCAAUUCCGAUCUGAGAGAGGCCCGAUUCCACGUCCUGGUUGACAAUUACGUUGCCCUGAGCAACUUCACUGUAUCAGACACUCUGGUGAAGGAGUAUUUGGUCUGGGUUAGUCAGAACAAGCUUGUUAUCACGAUUGUUCCAACCCAGAAGGGUAAAUUAGGGUUCGUGAAUGCAAUUGAGGUACUUUCUGCACCCAAGGAUCUGAUUCCGGACACGGCGACCCUCGUGAGGGAUGGCGAGACUCAGAAAUUCGAGGGUUUGAUCAAGCAAGGGCUUGAAACUGUGCAUAGGGUUAAUGUUGGAGGUCCGAAAGUGACCCCAUUUAAUGAUUCAGUGUGGAGAACAUGGAUUCCUGAUGAUGGGUUCUUCAAAUCAAGUGACCUUUCAAGCAAGGUUCAUUUCAGUGGGCGGAUUAACUACCAGGUUGGAGGUGCUAGCCGGGAAGUUUGUCCCGAUUUCGUCUACAACUCUGCUAGAGUGAUAGCUAGCAAGAGUAGUUCAAUUCCUGAGGCAAAUAUGAAUUGGGUGUUUCGAGUGACCGGAGGUCAUAGGUAUCUUGUGAGGCUGCAUUUCUGUGAUAUCGCUAGCCUGUCUCUUGGUUCGCUCUACUUUAAUGUCUACAUCAACGAGCAAUUGGCAUCCAAGGAUGUUGACCUCUCCUCGAUUGCAUAUGAGCUGGCCUCUCCAUAUUAUGCUGAUUUUGUGGUUGACAGUGAUAACCUGGGAGCUGUAAGUGUGGUUAUUGGGCGUUCUAACUUGAGCAUGGCCUACGCUGUGGAUGGCAUUCUGAAUGGCGUUGAGAUCAUGAAGAUGAACAACUCAAUGGCUAGUUUUGAUGGAAAGAUGUGCAGAGGCAUGGCCUUGAAGAACUGGCCUAGAGGGAAUUCUGGUGGCCUGAUCACUUUGGUUGUUGUGUUAUGCCUCCUGCUUCUUAGUGUCUCUAUGCUGAUGAGGAGGAAGAUAGUGCGAGUGAAGGACUCGUUUUCGUGGACUAAACUGCCUACCGAAGUCUCGGAGGUGAAUCUGAAGGUUGGAAUCCAGUCCUCCCUUGGUGAUGGGUCAUGACCCAUGGAGCUUGGGGUUGGGCCUUGGAGUGGGUAGUUUGAUGGCUCGUUUGAAUAUCCAUUGGUCUGGCUCGAAACCUUCGAAAUCAAAUUGCAUUCAUCAUGUUAUAAUUUGUUUCUUUAUUUUGUAAUGAAAAAUGAAUAUAUUCAUUGUUUUUUCUUUAAAUUGCAUACCCAUAUGGAUCGACUUGCCCCGACCAGCGCUCUAAGAUAAA